UCGCUAUAAUUAUAACAAAUAAUACACAUUUUUUUGGUAGUAAUCACGAAAGUCGAGUCAAUCACCUACUUUGUUUCCUAAUCGCAACAAAGAACCGAUGUUCGAACAGAAACGAACAAAAUUUUUGAACUAAAUACCCAUGUAACUUAUACGAGUACAAUUACGAACUAGCAAUCAAUUAAAUACGUACCAUGCCUAUGCAGGCAUAUUGGAAACGCUGGUAUUGACUUACAACUGCAAGAUUCGCACUCUCAUCAGCUUUCAAAUGUACCUGAAACUGAUUACAUUGAUAAUAAUCAAAUCGUUACUGGCAACAGCUUCCGAAGAAUUUAAAAUAGGAGGUAUAUUUCAUCGUAAAGAAAGAGACGAUCAGCCGAGUGCUGAAGAGCUUAUGUUCACCAUCGCUGUUCAAACUGCCAACGAGGAAGAUGAAGAUGUGAAAUUGAUACCAGUGAUCGAAACUUCGGAUCAGUCCAAUUCUAUCGCAGUUAAAGAAUCCGUUUGUAAAUUGUUGGAGCAUAGGGUUAUGGCGAUAUUUGGUCCCCAAUUGAGCGAAUCGUCGCCCAUAGUUAAAGCCAUUAGCGACGCCACAGAAAUACCUAACAUACAAACACGAUAUGAUUCAAAUCAACGUCGAGGUUCGUGCGGUGUAAACUUAUAUCCACAUCCGAAAGCUUUGGCUAAGGCAUACGCGGAAGUCAUAAAAAAGUGGAACUGGAAAAGUUUCCUGAUCGUAUACGAAGACAACGAAAGUUUAAUUCGAAUUAAUACUCUACUGAAAUGGGAAGGUAACGGAGAUACCAACGUAAAAAUAAUGCAGUUGCCAGAUGAUGAUAAUUACAUACCAUUGUUUCAAAAAAUACGCCACGGCGAGGAGAAGAAUAUUUUGUUAGACUGUUCCAUAGAUAAACUAGAUAGGGUUUUACAACAUGCCCAACAAAGUGGUGUAAUGAUAGAAAAUUACAAUUACAUAAUCACUUGUCUGGAUUUGCAUACUGUAGAUCUGGAACCAUACAAAUUCAGCGGCGUUAAUAUAACAGGAUUCAGGCUAGUAAACCCCACGAAGCCUUCGGUGAACAGCACGCUUGAAAAAAUUGCUCGUCUACUUCCAGAGGAACAAAAUAACACCGAAAUUUUGGUCGAAGCGGCACUACUUUACGAUGCUAUCAACUUAUACAAGGCAACUUUGAAAAAAUUUAUAGCGAUCCCGCCUGCGAUCGAAAAUACAGACAUGAACAUUUCUUCACAAUCAUUAGCUGAUGAACAAGUGCCUAAAUGUCACGAUACAGAAUCGUGGAGAUUUGGUACCUCUCUAAUCAACAUUAUGAAAGUGUCGGAAAUGGACGGUUUAUCGGGUGCAAUAAAAUUUGAUCACGAAGGCUUCAGAACCAUCCUAGAAUUACAAAUAAUAGAAUUGAGAGAAGAAGGAAUCAUCGAUCGAGGAACAUGGGAUACGUUUGUCGGUGUCAAAAAUAAAGAUGUCCCUAGCCCGUAUCCUGAACCUAAAGGCAAUGAUCUGGCAAAUACUACUUUAAUUAUUGUCAUUUCUUUGACGAAGCCUUACGGUAUGCGUAAGAACUCCGCCAAUAAGUUGGAGGGUAACGAUAGAUACGAAGGAUAUGCGGUGGAUUUAAUUAAAGAACUUAGUCAUCUGAGCGGUUUCAAAUAUGAAUUUAUAGUUCAAGAAGAUGGUGCGAAUGGCCAACUCGUCAACUGUCCUAACGGUAGUAAAGAAUGCUGGGAUGGCAUGGUGGGAAAAGUAUAUCAUGGGGAAGCUGAUUUAGCAGUAGCGGAUAUAACGAUGUCGAGAGAAAGACAGUCUUACAUUGAUUUUUCAACACCUUACAUGGAUUUAGGAAUAGCAAUACUUUUUAUGAAACCAGAAACAGAAACACCGAGUUUGUUUUCUUUUCUAUUCCCAUUCAGCACGACAGUGUGGUUGUUGGUGGUGACAGCUUACGUAGGAGUUUCGGUGCAAUUUUUCAUAAUGGCAAGGUUAACUCCUUACGAAUGGAUUAAUCCAUAUCCGUGCAUAAGAGAACCAGAAGAAUUGGAAAAUCAAUUUACCCUGAGUAAUUCUUUUUGGUUCACUAUCGGCGCUCUCAUGCAACAGGGUUCUGAUAUAGCUCCUAUUUCACCAUCUACUCGAGUGGCAGCCGGAGUUUGGUGGUUUUUCACGCUGAUUAUGGUAUCUUCUUAUACGGCGAAUCUGGCAGCUUUCCUUACCGUCGAAAAUGAAGUGCCCGCCUUCAAAGAUGCGAGAGAGUUGUCCAAGCAAACUCGUAUACAGUACGGCGCUAAAAGAAACGGAACCACAGCCACUUUUUUCAGGGAUUCGAAAUUACAAGAGUACAAUAACAUUUACCAUUUUAUGAUGGAAAAUUCCGACUGCAUGAUGAAAGAUAACGAAGAGGGUGUUAAAAAGGUUGUCGAUGGCAAAGGCAGUUACGCUUUUUUCACGGAAUCGUCGGCGAUCGAUUACGAAAAGGAGCAGCACUGUGAAUUAGCUCAAAUUGGCGAUUUACUGGAUAACAAAAAUUACGGCAUCGCUAUGAGAAAAAAUUCGUGGUACGCUAAUGACAUUAAUACGGGCGUAUUGAUACUGCAAGAAAAAGGAACACUGAGCACGUUGAAGCGAAAGUGGUGGAAAGAAAAAUAUUCGAAAAAUUGUCAAGUUGAAGAGAAACACGAUGCGCAAAAAUUGUUUCUGAACAACGUAGGUGGAGUGUUUUUGGUAUUAAUCGCCGGCGUUGUAAUCGCAUUUAUAGUGUUAAUCUUCGAAGUGUAUUUCAACUUGAAAAAUACAGCAUCGGAGCGUGAAGUUCCUUUGAAACGCGAAUUUCUGAAAGAAAUGAAAUUUAUAAUGAAAUGCAAAACUGUGAAAAGAAGAAGGAUACAACGAUCGGGCGAAAUGAGUUUGAUUAGUAGAAGCGAUGCGGCCAAUUCGACGUCUAUAAAUGCCCAGAACUACGGGUUCAAAUCUCAAUUUUAAUUCGAAGAAAUGAUAACAUGUGAACUGUUUACUACACCGUUAAUAAAUACUUCGUUGUUUGUA